UGUCAAGGGACAGAACAAGUGGGUGAACCGCAGCAGUUGCACAGCUAACAGCAGGAGAAAUAUGCUUAAAAAACAUUAACCUGUCCAAGUUAAGGAACGUAAGUGCUCUGAUACACAACAGCAGAAUCUUUCCACCAGUGGACCUUCCAGACCAGUGACUGUCUACCAUGUUGUCCAGACUGAGGACAACCUGGUCCCUGAGGCCCUGCGUCUCUGUUUGCAGAUGGGCCCACACCAAAGAGAAGGGCAAACCCCUCAUGCUCAACCCUCGCACCAACAAAGGUAUGGCCUUCUCUCUGCAGGAGCGGCAGAUGUUGGGGAUUCAUGGUUUGUUGCCUCCCAAAGUGGAGACUCAGGACACUCAGGCAAUGAGGUUUCAGAAUAAUCUCAAGAAGCUGACGGAUCCCCUGGAGAAGUACGUCUACCUGAUGGGCAUCCAGGAGAGGAAUGAGAGGCUGUUCUACCGGGUGCUGAUGGAAGACAUUGAGGAACUGAUGCCAAUUGUCUAUACUCCCACUGUAGGCCUGGCUUGCACGCAAUAUGGACACAUCUUUAGAAGACCCAAAGGCUUGUUCAUCUCCAUUCGGGACAGAGGACACGUCCGCUCCAUCCUGGACAACUGGCCAGAGACUAAUGUGGCAGCAGUAGUGGUGACUGAUGGAGAGCGUAUUCUAGGAUUAGGAGACCUGGGUGUUUAUGGAAUGGGCAUACCUGUCGGAAAGCUUUGCCUGUACACUGCCUGUGCUGGCAUUAGACCAGAGAAGUGUCUGCCUGUGGUGAUAGAUGUCGGCACAGACAACGAGACUCUCCUUCACGAUCCGCUCUACAUGGGCCUUUACCAGAAGCGAGACCGCUCUCAGGCCUACGACGAUCUGAUCGAUGAGUUCAUGGAAGCGGUGGUGGAGAAGUAUGGGCAGGACACACUGAUCCAGUUUGAGGACUUUGGGAACCACAAUGCAUUCCGGUUCCUCAGGAAGUACAGGGAGAAGUACUGCACCUUCAACGACGACAUCCAAGGCACUGCAUCUGUAGCCCUUGCUGGUCUGUUAGCAGCUCAGAGAGCCGUUGGCAAACCCAUCACUGAACACCGGGUGCUUUUCCUAGGAGCAGGAGAGGCUGCCCUUGGUAUUGCCAAUCUGAUUGUAAUGGCCAUGACGGAGGCGGGGGUGUCCCAAGACGAGGCCCAAAAGAAGAUCUGGAUGUAUGAUAAAUACGGUUUACUCGUAAAGGGCAGACCGCAGGAAACGGACGCCAACCAGGAGGCAUUCGUCCAUGACAGUCCAGGGGAUAUACAGAGCUUCCUGGAUGCUGUGAACACCAUCAAACCUACAGCUAUCAUCGGUGUGUCCGGAGCUGGACGCCUGUUCACACAUGAUGUCAUCAAGGCCAUGGGGGCGCUGAACGAACGGCCAAUCAUCUUUGCCCUCAGUAACCCCACCAAUAAAGCAGAGUGCACAGCUGAGGAUGCCUACACACUAACUGAUGGUCGAUGUCUUUUUGCCAGUGGCAGUCCAUUUGGACCAGUGACUCUGAGCAAUGGUCGCGUCCUUACGCCAGGACAAGGAAACAACGCUUAUAUCUUUCCAGGUGUGGCCCUGGCUGUGAUCCUCAGUGGAGUCAGACACAUCAGCGACACGGUGUUCUUAGAAGCUGCCAAGACCCUUGCGGAGCAGCUGACUGAUAAAGAGCUCGAGGAAGGCAGACUCUACCCUCCUCUCUCCAACAUCAGAGAGGUCUCUGUCCAGAUGGCUGUCAAGGUGAUGGAGUAUGUCUAUGCUAAAGGCAUGGCGUUCCGUUACCCUGAGCCUGUGGACAAGAACGGUUUCAUACGUACGACUGUGUGGAACACCGAGUAUGACUCCUUCCUUCCAGACAUCUAUGAGUGGCCUGGCGUCAGCUUUAGCCCAAAGACUAAGUAGAAGAAGAACAGAUCCUCACUGUGCCCCAAGUCAUAAUGGCCCUCUAUUCCUUUGUUUCCCACUUUACUCUUAAUCACAGAUUUUUUAAGACCAUUGUUAGCUUAGUGCUUAUGAAAAAAAAGACCUCAGUGGCUCCGGGAUCCCUCCAUUUUGCUUCAUUUGCACUAAACCAGUCUUAUUGGAUCUGUGAAAGGUUAGUGGAAAGGGACACUUAAGAAAGAAUAGGAAUUUUCUCUCCAUAUAACAGUUCUUCAUCAUCUUUGCAUUACAUAUAAACCUUGACAGAACAUGAGGGCCACCUGGUGGUGGAAAAGGGCAAUGUUGAAAUCCUGCUUCAGCUUCCUGCUGAAGCCUUGAGAUUCAUUGUGUCUAUGAGACUAUGCUUUUAAAAAAGAACACAGCAAACAUAGUAUUAGAAUGUGGCUUGCUACAGUUAGUUACUAUUAGAUUAUGUCUAUGUGAUUGUCACACACCCCAGCAUUAAGGUCACAUUCAAAAACCUAACAUGAGGUAAAUUAGAUAGUAAUCCAAACUGCAGAGACGAUUGGGUCACUGCUGAAAGUUCAAAUGCAUAUUUACCUUUGAAUAAGUUGCCCUUGUGAACAAAUUUGUAAUACAAUUUAUCUUUCUCACCUAUUUUAGGACAUAAUAUUUAACUAUAUAUUUAAUGUAAUGCACUGACUCUACACUCCAAAUGCAAAACUCCAUUGUUGAAGUCCACUUUGACUACAUUUAGCCACUUAGACACUGUCCACCUUCAUGCACAUGUUUUGUAAGGCACUUUGAGCACUGCUCAGGAAAAGCACUACAAAGAUGCAGGCCAUUAAAAUGGAGAAUGGGUUUCAGCAUUGCCUUUUUUCACAUCAGGAGGGCCUGUAUGGCUUCACUGAUCUCACCAAUGCUCAGUGUAGGACACCCAGUAGAGCAGAGGGUUAAGAGCUUGACCUUUGUGUGCAAACUAGGAGAGAAAAAGAGAAAACAAUGUGACUCUGAGGGGCAAUUAAGUGAGUAUUUAAACAAAGACCUGCUGAAGGUCUGGGGUGGAAGAGACUUCAUGAAGGGAAAUAUAUGCCUAGAAACAUUCAAUGUAUCCUGCAGCUACACAACACUUGAACAUCCACUCCAGCUUUGUAUUUUGUUUGAAGGAUUUCAUCACAUUGUAUUUAUUUCUCAGAAUUUAUUGUAUUUUGUAUUUAGAUAUUUUGCAAAGCCUGCCAUCGACACUCCUGUAACCAGUUAUCAUAUGAAGAAUUUGACCCUAAAAAUGAACCCUUUUGUUUAAGUGUUAUAUACAUAUUUAACAUAAAGUAUACAUAGCAUAUUGUAGGAAACAAUGUGCAGUAUGAAAUGAUUGGAUAAAUGUUAUUUUUGUAUUUAUUUUGUGAACUAUUCAUGCACUUUUUGGUAACAGUCUGUCGAGUACUUAUGAAGUUGUGUUAACUCCAUCUGUGUGUGUUGGCAGGGUGGUGUGGGAUUCACAAAACUUACAAGCUAGACUUUUAUUCACUGUGGGCUGCACCAUGAUUUAUUAACAUUGAAUUUAAAAAAAAUCAUUUCAUACUGUAUAUUUAUACACAAGAAAGAGGUUAAGCUUGCUGAUGCAAUACAUCUGUUCUGCCAUAUGGAAAUUCAGGCUCUUUUGCAGAGUAAUUCAGAAUUUACACUGUGACCUAUUUACAGAUCUUGCCAUAAACAUAUAUUGACCAAAUAGUCCUAACCCUAUGAAAAGUCACAAAUAUCUCAAAAAUGGAGAUCAUCUUGUGAUGGGUUUCCCACCCAUGAGUACCCAGUAGUCAUGACUACAUUAGGACAUGACUACUAGUACUCAUGGGUCGGACUACUUCAUUUUGAUCUCAACUAGACGCUUGUAAAGUUUCGUGACCUCGGUGGUGACGCUAUCGCGAACACCUGGCCAUAACCUUUCAGACACAUAAACAGCUGCUACAGUUGGUGUCUCGUGGACCACAUUUCACCCUGAUGACACAAACACACACAGACUCAUGAGGUAAUUUUUAACAUGGUUUUCAUCCUCACUACCUUUUAGCAAAAAGGUUUCUUUCAAUUGUUUAAAAAAAAGAUCCUUACUGGUGUUGUUACGCACAGUACUUCACGCUAAAUGGUGCCUAUAGAUGUAUUUAUGAUAAAGAACAAAGCAGCUAUACUGUACACUCCGGUCAACUUUUUCAAAUAUUUCUCAUGUCAUCAUGAUGCACUCUACUCAUCUCCGCUGACAGUCACCCAUGCAAGGUUGUCUGUUGGGUCUUCAGUUUUAGCUCCGUGUUAUAAUAUAUCAGAUGGUCUAACAUGAUGUGUUCCAUGUGAAAUGCAGGAUAUGAGAUGCUUAACCAUAGACACAGGAUAUGAAUAGACUCACAGCUCUAACAGUUAACUUUAAAUAUAUUAACUAGGCUACUGAGUAGAUUUUUGACCUCAGGAUCUUGUAUUAGGACCUUCUAACCACCUGCAUUGAAGUGCCUGCACAAUGUCACUUGGUGCUCCAUAGUGUAGACCUCACAGUUUGCUGCAAGCAGAGCUUAGAAGUGACUCAACAGCAAUAUGAAUUAAAUAAUAAUAAAAAAAAAGGCUAUUUGUUUUGUACCAAGUGAUUUAACUCUGUACUGUCCAACAUGCAGUGUUUUCUGUGACAGUGCAGCUUCAGGCUCCGAGCACUUAAAGAUACUAUUUGAGGCAAUGUUUUCUAUUUAUAUCGUUUAAGUUUCCAGAAGUUUUAUUUCAAAGAAACUUUAUGUAAACCGUUCAGUGUGUGCUCAUGUGUCUAUCCAAUGCUGUUAACUGUAAGUGUGAGUUUUUACCGUGCUUUGUCAGGUGAAUGGUUUGUUCAUGUGAUCCGUGGCAGCCCCCAUUAAGAAAACACUUUUCAUCGUAGGGUGCAUUCAUGUUGUGUUUUGCCCUCCGAGCCUGUCUCUGAAGUUUAUUUUUGGUACAUAGAAAUGUUGCCUUAGUGUUUGUACGCAGAGGGCGGCAUGUCUGUGCUGCUUUGACGUGUUAACGGUGCAGAAUAAAUCCUAUUUUACAUGCUU